AGUUUACCUGAAUUUUAAAAAUUGUAGCGUAGCUUUAGUAAGCAGACGAACUUGCCAUCAGCUUAGCCUGGCCAAAAACAUACUCAAACAGUCUUCAAAUUCACAAAAACUGUACACCAUAUUAGCAAAAUUAUAUAAAAAUACAAAAAAUAUAAUCCACCCAGAUAGAAAUCUUUUGAGUAACAGACUCCAAAAUGGACCAAGCAGCGGAGCGGAAAACCCUGAUUCAGGAAAAGAGAAAACAAAUGGGAGACAAGAGGAUGACCUUGGGAAUGAAGUCAUUCUAUGCCUCUGUAAUGGGCAGCAUUUUCCGGACCAGCGAUGAGCCGCGAAACUCGUUUUCCACAAUGCAUAAGCGCCAUAAGAAAGAUGCUGAAUAUAUUCACCCAGAUUAUCGGGAAGUUGCAACAGAAGAUUAUGUGCCCACUUAUCAAACUGUAUUCGACGACGACAGGGACCCAGUGCGAGAGCCCACAUUUGCCAAGCACCGCAUACCGCUGCAAAUACGAUGUCUGGAGCGGUAUUCCGAUUCCAAGCGGGCUUAUGCUCAUCAGUUCAAGCGAGAGAUCCAACUCCUGAUCGACAAUCAGUCGACAGCCGAGGAUGCUUGGCAAUUCGUGAGAACUAUGGCUUAUACCACACUUUGGCCUCCGCUGCAUACAAGAAAGGAACUCAAGAUCUUUGAAAAGGACUUUUGCAAACUUACACCGGCUGAACAGAACCGCUAUGAUAAAAUAAUGGCGACAAAUUUUAUUUAAGGGCACCCAGGCUGGCUAUGUUAAUUACUUAUUUCUUAAAGCCCAAAGUAAUAUUAAAAAUUUAAAAAUCGA